CCCGUUUCCACGGUAACAGUUCAGCAAACGAAACGUUCCCUGACAAUGAACGGCUCCUCUUUCGAUGUUUAUAAGCAGGUUGGUAAAAAAAAAAACAAAUCUGGAGCAGAUCAUUGGAUUUGUGUGCGAGGUAAUGUUUUGAUGCUGUAGCAACGAUUUACGUUAUUUCGGCGUUUACAUUACAGCAUUGGUUAACUUGCACCGCUAAUUUGGGAAGUUCGUAAACAACCGAGUGAACUAUUAACAUUUCACGGCCAAUAACGUCGCUAGAUAAAUUAAAAUCAAUUGUGUUUUCACCACCCAUUGUUGAUUCUGUGAUAUUAGCCUUGAAGUCGUUCGUCUCAAAAGCCAGAACAAAAACGUCAUCACAAGCUGAAGGGGCCUAAGGGGCUGGAACAGACAAAAGUCAAAUUCGAAAUGAACAAUGACUAGUACAAGGAAUAAUGUGCCAGUUUUACCUCUAAUGUGGGACUCCGAUACUGAGAGUUUGGUACGAGAGGAGUACCAGCGAGAGCUCCAGGUGAGAACUGACCUCAUCUCUGCUGCUAAAUCCAAACAACACGAUGCGACUGACAUUGAAGAACCAGAGAAUUGUGAUGUUUAUGAUAGUCUGGAUCUGAAACCAAGAAAAAUGAAAGGACAACGUGACCUCCUGAGAGAAUCUACCCCUGAGGAUGAGUACGCCGACUUGCGCUACAACCCAAACUGGAGGAAGAAUCUGGAAGGGGAUCAUUUUCUCAACCAGCUAAAUACGAGACUUUCUCCCGACUCUUUUGAGGAGUCUGAAGACAGUCUUGAACCCUUGGAGAAAGUGCGUUUAGGUUGCAGACAGGAAUAUGUUGUUGUCAGUAAUCCACCCACAACUCAGAUGGACCGUGCUUUAUCCCCAACACCUUCAUCUCCUUUCCACCUGCACCCACAACAGGAAGACAUUAUCAAUUCCCACGAAUCAAAAAGUUCUUGCAUGUCCUCUGAAGGCACGCCGCAGGAUAAUGUAAAGCAUCUGAAUGUCAAAUCAGUUCCUCCCCAGAAGAGAAGCUCUCGACAUCCUUCUAAUCCAAGGCCAGGGAGAGCUAGAGAAGACAUUGUUGAAUGUAAUAAAGCAACUCUUGGUAUCAACAUACAUAAGCAGGGGUCUUACCUUAAAGCUCGUCAGCAGGAAGAUAAAACAGAUGAAACAAAGCAACCCAGGCAAACCUCCUACGAGACUAUCAGCACUCAUAGCCCGGAGAGUCAAGACAAUGUCUUGGAUCCCGAGCUGAUGUGGCUCCAAAAAACACAAAAACUGAAGCAGAGCCAUAAAGAAAAGAAGGAACUGAAGAGGAGGGAGCGAUCCAGCAACCACCAAAAUCAGCUCAAGCCUCCUGAAUCCAAACCCAGAGCGCACUUUGAACCCCUUACAGAGAGGCACGUCAUCAGCACUGAUCACCUGCCACAGGACUCUGAGGAAGUUUACACCCAUGACCCACCACAACACCAGUCCGGACAUCCAUCUCACACUCAUGCUCCACCGAACCUCAACCUUGACAUAAACCUCCACACAACUGCCAACCACACACAACCACUGAAUAUUUCCCAGAAAGAGACCCUUUUUACUCUUGUUUCUCAAGUUCUGCAACGGAAUAGGACUGAUCUAUUUAACCCACCCAUUUUACAACAAGGUUAUCCAUUUUACCCUUAUGUGCCUCCUAAUUCAGUAGGGCAGAUGGGAUUGGCUCCAAAAACUGUUGUAUCUUCACCAGCCCUCAAGUCUGGAGUGUUACAAGCCGUGGACAGAAGUGUUCCUCAGUGGCAUGCUGGGAAACCUACUCCCAAUACAUUUGAGAAGACAUCAUUCAAGAAUCACAACAGACUCAGGAUACCAGUGCUAAAAUUGCCCACGUCUUCUCAAGUGGAGGCCAGCCACUAUCCACCUGAGUUUUUGCCCAUUGAUGAGGAGAGCGUGGAACCCUGUGCGCUCCCAACACAAAUCUCUGGUCCGUACACAGUGCUGCCCCCUAUAGCCAAAGCUAACUGCAGCGACACUGAACUCUGCUCGGAUAGAUCAGAUCAGCAGUUGAAUCCAAUCCAAAGAAGCAGUUCAGAAGGUUACCUUUCACAGAUGGAAAAACACAGACAGCUGAAGGCAAAUUCAAAUUAUAAGGCUUAUACACUAAAGGACUACAAAAACAUGAAACAGGAGGUGAAACUUGGAGGUCUUGGACCAACAAACACAAUACCAGAAGCUGUGGCAGAGAAAAUUAGACGACAGAAGCUGUAUUCAAAUGUGAUCCGCGAACAGAACAAGAAGAUAAGUAGGAUUCCCUCUCUGUCGGCCAAGGACCCAGUGGGCAGUGACAAUAAGGACACCGUUCCCAGGAGGAAGGCUUUAGAAUAUGCCAAAAAUAUCGCAAAGCCCAAACCCCCUCCAAAGCCAAAGGAUAGACCCAGAGAGCAGAACGUGAGUGCACAACCUCAAUAUCCACAGGAAAUGGACCCAUUCAAUUUGGCCACUCUGGAAAUGUUGAGACGGCACAAGGAAGAGAAAUGUGCGGUGGCUCGCUUCCGAACCAUUCCCGCCAUUUAAUCUAGGGCCUUUAUUCACUAAAAAGCAACAUGUACAUGAGUUGUUUCAAUUGCACUUCUGUAGAAUCCCAAUUUUUCCUUGCUUUAACUCUGCUUUGAUUUUGUGUUUACUG